AUGGUCAAUCAUCACCACCUAGAAGAACUCUCUCAAAGCUGGCAAGAAUAUUCAAGGCUAAUGGCUGAACAAGACAUGGAAAUCACUCGGAAAGACGAUCAAUAUGCAAAUCUCAUCCUUCAAUCAGAUGCCAAAAUGUACAAGAGAAUGGAAAUGUGUGAGCAACAAAUUGGAGCCUUGAAAAAGUGGAUGAAUGAAACCUAUGAGAGAGAUUCAUCUGUGUUGAGAACUUUCAAACAACAAUUACAAGAGGAGAAGGAAAAGGCUAUGCAGGAAGCCUUGUCAACCGAUGAUAUCAAUGAAACGUUCAAGGAUUUGGAAAAGUAUUACAAGCAAAUGAUUUAA